GAUUACUGGACAAAGCGCGUACUCAAUUUGCUUGGCUCUAAAAUAGGCAGGUCAUUUCACACCGACAAGCUCACGCACACCAAGGAAUGACUCACCUAUGCUCGGAUGCUGAUUGAAGUGGAUAUGGAGGGAGAACAAAUGCAAACAGUGUCAAUCUCAUUGCUAACAGGAGCCCAAAUCAACCUCCAAGUAGAGUAUGAAACAACGCCUGAGUUUUGUCAAAGUUGUCACAGGAUCGGGCACACCAAGGAGAAUUGUCGAGCAACAAACAAGGAGGAGGCUUGCCCCGAGCCAACACAAGAUCCACACCCUCAAUUGCAAUUGCCGAACAAGCGGUCACUCUCAAGUGGACAAAGGUUGAACAACUUCAAGAGAGCACUGCCCUGGAGCCUGUAUGCUCAAGGAGGAACCCCAAUUGCACCACAACCCCAUGAGAUGGAGAACAACGGUGCAAAACAAGCGAGCACAGACAACGACUUGGGCAAAUCAGCGAGCACAACUACAGCUAUCGACUUGCCAAGUUCAAUGGAUCAGAAAACCCAUAGUGGCCAUGAAGCUGUGACUGCUCAGUAGACACACGAAGCCCCCUCUUCAUCAAAAUGUGCACUGGUUCAAGCAUCAACAUCCAACACCAACACGGAAAGUAGUGGUGCAGAGACCUCUGCUGCGAUAGAUUCCAACUCUACAUCAACCUGUGCACGUGAUCGGAAUGGGACUGUCCCAACAGGACGGUGAGGAUGGACGUAGUGUCCACGCUGCAACAUGAAGAUCGCAAGUUGAAACAUAAGGGGCUUCCAUAAGACCCUAAAACAGAAGGGGGCCUAGCAUCACCUUCAUCAGCGACGAAUAACAAUUUUGGGAAUAUUGAAAACCAAAUUAUCAAAAAAGGAUGUCAAUGCUACCCUCCCACGAUAGUUUUCAGGUAUGAAAAUUGACCAUAACUUUCAAUUCUCUAAUCGUGGUCGCAUUUGGUGCUUUGGAACCCACAUCUAGUUGAUUUGAACAUCCUACGAGCUGAGGCACAGCUCUUACAUUGCCAAACACACUGUAAAAUCACGGUUGGUGACUUUUGUGUAUGGACUUCAUAGCAUCGUGGCCUAAAGGCCGCUGUGUCAAUCCCUAAUUGAGCUAGGAGAUUCAAUCGGCGAACCAUAGAUGGCGCUCGGUGAUUUCAAUGACUUGCUAUCGACCCAGGAUAAAGGAGGCAAGCCGGUGACACUAUGAAAUUCAGAACUUUGAAGUAACAAUUCAGCGACAGUCAAUGGGAUGUCGUUUAACAUGAACAAAUGGUAUUGUCUAGAGCAAGUUGGAUCGUGUAUUGAUUAACACACAAUUGCUACUUGAAGACUUCCACAGUUUUGUAGAAUUCUUACCA